UUGACGCUAAGUUUUAGUCCGUAAUAUCUCCACUCGAGACUAUUUUUAAAUUAUUGUAGCGGAUCUCUAAAAUGCAUCGAUCUUUCUCCAACGUUUAUGUGUUAUCCGUAGGCUCACAUUAAAGGUUCAUUUGUUGUCAGCUGAUCGCGGUAUAUAUAUUGCAAGUGCAUCGGUGAUCCAACGCAUUAUCUCGCCAUCUUUGAUUUAGUAUCUAUCUUAACACCAUAAAAUGAAGAGUUUUGUUGUGUGUUUGGCGAUCUCUGUCCUGGGUGUGGUUCAGGGAGUCAACAUCACGCCGUGUAAACAAGAUGACACAGCUUGCCUAAAAGCCUCAGCUCAAGCAGCAGUCCCAAUAUUGGCAGCCGGUAUACCAAAUAUGGGGAUCUCAGUGAUGGAUCCCAUGCACGUGGACCGGGUGAAGACAGUAGAAGCCGGAUUGGCAAUGGACUUUAGGAAUACCAACGUCAAAGGUUUGAAGAACUGUAAGGUGUUGAUGUUAACUCGUCAUCCUCACCGAACGGACCUGGAUCUAAAGUGUUCAGUAACCAUGGACGGUGACUACACUCUUGGCGGCAAGUUGCUCAUCAUGCCCAUCGAAGGCAGUGGGAAAUACACCAUUAAAAUUAGAGGCAUUGUUGUUAAGAUUCAGCUUGAUGUGGACGAGAAGGCUCGGGACGGUGGAACCUACUGGGUGGUGAAAGAUUGGAAGCAUACCACUACCGUCGAGAAGGGAGUCCAUUUUAAGUUCCGGAAUUUAUUCCAAGGCAACAAACAGUUGUCGGAUGCGAUCCACGAGUUCGCCAAUCAGAAUUGGAGAGAUAUAUUCCAAGAAGUGGCGCCCCCUAUCGUGAAAGUAAUCGUGGGUAGGAUUGUCUCAGAGACGACAAAAUUAUUCGACCAUGUACCAAUAGAAGAAUUAGUUAUACGAUAGAUUAUAUAAUAAAUUGAUACUUACGUAAUGAAAAUUGUAAAUAUGGCAGCACAUCAAGGUACCCUUAAACUGAUGUUUUUAAAGAAAUUCUAACUUUAAUGUUUCGAGAUAUAGUUAAAAAUUGAUUAAAUCUGACAUUAAGUUUGAAAUAUUCUGAUGUGCUGGAGGGACCUGGUUAUGAAUAAACAGUGUUAAUUUAUUCUAAAUGUUCUUUUUUUUCUACUUAUUUUCAUUGUCGCAAAGCCUAACAAUGGCCUUGAACUUUU